GUAAGAGUUGAACUGUGAGGCAACAGAGAAACAUCACCAACUCUAUAAAACCAGGGGGAUCAACUUUCAAGAGGUGCUGUACCGACUUAAAUUUCAUUUUCAAUUUUAAGCUGUAACAGGCGAUAGUUCUCUUUGUCAAGACUAAAAACAGUACUCACUUACACUUAAAUGUAGGCCGAAUUUAAAAAAUUGAACCGCGAUAUUGAACAAAGUUUAGCACUAGCGUUCAUUUUAGCGGCGGUUUUCAAUAGACUUAGUGGGCCGCUUUCUUUAGAAAAGCACUUUUAAGUACCCAGUUCAUUAGAUAGUUACUUUGUACUAGAAAUAUUUGAAAAACGACAACCAGUUUAAAACGAAUAACUGACACAGCGCGUGUUCCCUUCCAAUUCAGAACGAUAAAUCUUUAAAUUUAUUAGUAGUUUUGACUACAACGUCCUGGUACAUAACCAAGACUACAAGCAAAAGGUGCGAGACACGCAUGCACUUCCCUCACUAAGAAAAACUAAGAGAUUGUUCGCCGUCUUGGUACAACCAAGCAGGGAUGCUAUCUUCCUUCGUGCCUGCCAACUUUGGCAAGCGUCGAGUCACGUUUUGGUCACUGGAGACCAAAGAGAUACGAUGGUAUAAAACUUGAUCCAACCUAAAUUUGCCUUGCGUUUGAAAAACUGAUAUCAGAAGGGUAUACAACAUAGCUGAGACUGAAAAUGAUAAAAUAACUAAAUAACCAUUUGAUGGUCAAGCUGGAGCGGAAUCUCAAUAUGAAAGAGGUUGGAUGCUCGGCGCCUCUUCUGGACGUUUAAAUGGCAUAAUUUUGUUUCAUUUGGGGUGUUAAAGGAUGGGAUGACCUAUACAGGUAUUGAAUCAGGACUGCUUAAAUCUGUGCGUGAAGUAACACUGAAGCAGAAAAAACGUUUAACCCCAAGGUCUUCAUAAAUCUAGAUUAAAUAUACUACAGUCUAGUUUAUGGCUGUUAUUUUGCUUCACGGUAAAAAAGCACGAGCAAAAAAGGUAUUCAGUUUGAAGUCAAAUAAAGCUUGGAUCACGCCCAGAUCGGGAUUUAUCAUUUGUUUAAUUCCAUUUUUUUGGACAAGCUUCCCCACCCUUGUCACAUAGUAGGCCUGACCCCAGGCAGACAGACGUCCAUUAAUGUUUUUAACAAUAUUAUCAACAAUCAGUCGUUUAUAUACACUUUCAAAUUUCUUCCGGUAUUUUUUAAAUAGUUUUUUUGACAUUUCAUUCGGAGCUGUGCAAUUUGCCAACAAUGCCACCAACCGUAUCUUCAACUCGUGGUAAGAUAUGGGAAUUACAAAUUGUCAUAGGAGUAUUCAUUUAAAGAAAUUGUUUAAAAGUAUGUUCCAAAAUUGUUCCAAAAAAAAUUUAAUCUCAUCAAUUUAUGGCACCACACGACGUAAGUGUAAUAUAAUGAGAUGGAAUAACUUUCGAGGUAAGCAAUCAGAAAUAAAGCAGUUAUCGCUUAAUCAGUAUUUAUCAUUUCCAACAAUUUUUGUAAUUUUUUUCAAAACCAAGACGCUGUCUUUGUUGGAAAAAGUGUUCUUCUAAUUCUGCAAUACUUUUUUUAAAAAAUCAGUUGGUGUUGCACGCUAGACUUACGGUAGACACCUAGACAGGUAACUCUCCAACAUUUCCGACAGCUAGAUUUAUUACGAAAGAAAAUUGAAAAUUAACGGUUUUAUGUCAGUUUAUUUGCAUAGCUGAGAGUGGCAAAAUUGACUUAGUUACCUGACAUGAUUGUCCAAAGAACUAGAAAAUACAGAGACAUUUUUUAUUCUUACUUAUUACCCAAAAGGUUAACUCAUCAUAAGGUAAAAGAUCUUUGCUUCUUUACUGCUUUGCUGGAGAUAACAAAACAAAUUAGUUUGAUCGGAUGAAACGUUCAUUUGCCUGCUUGAAGCUAACUAGACUUUCAAAAAAGUCCUUCGUCGGAUUUCAUGAAACCUGAAACCCCAAAUGCGAGUCACGCCACUCCCCAUUUUUGGCGCGAAAUGCAAAGGGAAACCCAUCAAGCGAGACAAGUCGACCCCUCGCGACUUCGUCGCUCGCGGUCGGUCGCUUCGCGGCCAAACAAGGCUCGCUCCGCUCGCCAAGAGGUCGACUUGUAGCAAGUCUAGAAGCUAACGUUUUAGGGCCGCUCUUUGUCAAGCCUACAGCAUUUGCCAAUGUAAGGAAAUUUUUUAAGUUUUUUAUGUUUUAUGGUUCUGAGGAGUUUUUAUUUCUGUUCAAAGGUAAAAUGUACUGGGUAUGCCCGCUGGUUUUCGCAGUGAUCCUAAAAUGUACAUCCGCUGGCCAAACCAUCCGUGGCAGCGCUGUACUGGAACACGACUGGGCCGAGGCCUUUAAGCUAAUAAUAAACGUCCCAAUGCAAUACUCAGUUCCUGACGGCUGGAGAAUGGCCUUAAUAUUUUCGCAGCCAAUCAGAAAGGUCGAAGUUUGGCGCGCCAUAGAAUUAAAAGAGAAAACGUCUGCCGACAAGAAGACCCACGCCUUGAAAAACAUGUAUUUUAAUACACGUUUGGCGAAGGGGGAAAUUUUGACCAUGGCUGUGGUGGCUUACAAAGUCAAGCUUAACUCAAAACCCGGCAAUGUCACAGUUCUGUUUAAAGGAGGAAAUGUCAUUCCAGCCCUCCCUACUCUACCCCCGGUAAGUUGAAAAAUGACAAUCAAAGUAGGCAAGCAAUGUAGAAUUCUAGUUUUAAAAGACAUCAAUAUUUCAAAAAUCAUCUUAAGUUGUGUCCGAUUGAUCGUAUUCCGGAAUAGGGAUACUUAAAAAGUUUUGGUACAAACCUCUUCUACCGUAAUUUUUGGACCACUUAAAGCAGAUUUUUAGAUACUGCAAAGCACUGAAUGCCAAAGAGUUUAUUCCAUUAAUAUUUAUUCAUAUUCCCGACACGGUCAAUCGAACACGCCUUAAUAGUGACUAAUGUCAAUUUUCUCCUAACGAUAUCCAUACAAUGUCAAGAGAUUAGGUUAUGAGAAUUAAUAAAAUGAUCACCUGAGGGAAAAUGCCUUGAUCUUUCAUCAAAUUCCCUCAACUUAUUCUUGAAGAAUAUGUGUAGAAAUCAGUUUGGAGAAUUUGUAUGUGGAUACUGGGGCUUAAAGGGUUAAUAGGGGAGCUCCACGAGCGCGAGCGCAGUCCUGUAGCUAAAAAAAUCGCUUAUAUAUCCAUCCAAGAAAUUUUGGUAGCCAUGUGACCGUAUGUCCAACCGGCCGCCCGUCUGUCAAAGAUUGUACUGAGUUUUCCUUCUUUGGGGCAAACAGAACUGACCAACAAAAAGUUGUCCAUAGAAGACAAGAGGUUUAACGGAUGAACGUGAUAUCUUUCAUUCUAGUGCGUAAUUUUUUGCACAUUUCCUAAUUGAAAUAGUACGGAAUAUUUUAAAGAACGUUAUUUUUUUUAAAAAAAGUUCUCGUUAAGAGUAUCGUUCAUUAAAAUGGGCUCUUUUGGCUGUCCCUGUAUACGUCUGUCUGCCCGUCCGUCUAUCUGCCUGCCUGUCUGUCUGUCUGUCCAUCUGUCUGUCUGUGAGUCAGUCGGUCUGUCUGUUAGUCAACCAGUCUCUCUGUCUGCCUGUCCGUCUGUCAGUCGGUCUGUGUCUCUGGACCAAGGAUUAACACAGUCAGUUAGUCCGGGGUGUUUGAUUCACAGGUGUGACAUCGAUCCUUGUUUUUGGCUUCUUUCCUUUCCGGUUUGGCCUCAGGUUAUUCAGUGUACUGUGUGCUAUUACGAGUUACCGAACUUUCACCACACCCUUGUUCGGAAACUCCAGUUGGUGUAAAAACUUGCUUAGACUUUAGAAGUAAGGGCUAGAGCAACUGACUGAGAAAAAUGUAUAUUACGUUUUUCCCUCAGCCAACGCCUCCUGAGCCACAGGUACUGAUUCAUCCACUGAAACCAAUUGAUGAGUCCGACUCAGGCUUCAAAAUGAUUCUUAAAUAUCAAGUGCCCGAGGCCGUGAAAUACUGGAGCAUAUCUCUCAAGUUCACCAAAGAUAUCAGCACUCGUAAUUUUAAUAUCGAUAAGGCGAAAGUGGUUCCUCAGAAAGAACCGACCAGUGACAGCUUUUGUUUAGGACCACAACCUUACAACAGGAAACUGAAUGCGAAAUGUGUUCUGCGACUUGAGUUCAACUGUCAUAAGGCGCAACUGUAUGAAGCUGCGCCUAACGCGUUCUUUGUGUUUCAUCCCAAUUCAACCAAGUGCGAAGACUUCGAUCUACCAAAGCCUGGACCAGCAGUUCCAAAGGAGAGCGCAGUCGCAGAGAUCAUUCAGCAGUGGCCGCCGAACAACUUUAAAAUGAGGUUCAAUCUUCAGGUUAUCAAUUCUGUCCGUGGUGGCUGGAAAAUUGCUGUCAAAUUUUCCAAACCGGUGGCAGAAAUCUCCAACAUAAAUAAAGCAAGAUUUGCGAGCAGGUCCCAAGAUAGGCACACCUUCUACAUCGAGAAUGUCCCAGGCCAGAUUCAGAAUGCCAAUUUGAAACAAUGCGAAAGAAUCAACGUUGAGUUUGCUGGAAAACUGCUGUCCACACCUGCAAAAAAGCCAUUGUCUGCUUUUGUGUUGUUUGAACGAAAGGAGCCCGAAUACGCUGAGAUCAAUCCUCAAGGGGCUUGUCCCACAGUACCCCAGUUAGGGUGAAUCGAUAACCGAUGGCAUCUAAAUCUCAAACAAUAGUGCUUAGUAAUGAGGUAAACUUAAAAGG